AGUUUAUGAAAUAAUUGCAAUUAAAAAGCCAAAAGGGGUAGUUACCUUAUAAGCAGACCGAAACGACGUCGCCUCUUUGGUAGCGUGAACGCCACAUACGGCAAACCAUUCAAGCAAAUCCAUUUUCUUCAAUUCCUGAAUACACGAUUAGGGUUAGGGUUAGAAAAACCGAUCUCCCAAAAAAAUCAAAGAAUUUUGUUCAACCAUUUCUCAAACCAAAAUGGCAACAAGAUCCGGCAACCGACAACAGGCUAAUUCCGGUGGAGCAAACACGGCGGCGAAGCCAGCGAUGAGAAAGCCAGUUUUCACCAAAGUGGAUCAGUUGAAACCAGGAACAACCGGUCACAAUCUUACUGUUAAGAUUGUGAAUGCCAACACAGUACUCAGUAAGAAACCUAGGAACCCAUCAUCGUUACGUGUUCCAGCACGCCCUCAACAGAAUACUCGCAUCGCUGAAUGUCUUGUUGGGGAUGAAACUGGAUCCAUUCUUCUCACUGCUCGUAACGAUCAAGUUGACUUGAUGAAGCCAGAUGCCACAAUCAUAAUUCGGAAUGCGAAGAUUGACAUGUUUAAGGGAUCUAUGAGGCUAAAUGUUGAUAAAUGGGGCCGUAUUGAGGCUGGUGAGCCUGCAACUUUUGUGGUCAAUGAAGAAAACAAUUUGUCCUUGGUUGAGUACGAGUUGGUGAAUGUCGAAGAAUAGAAGUGGGUUUACAUAAGUGCUAUAGGGUAAAUUUGCUUUUGUGGGUAUCUGUUUUUGAUAUACAAAUCUCACUCAAUAAAUUAGUUGUUGCGUUGAAGAUUCUUAAUAUGUGGUAGGACUAAUCUAAUGUCGGUUCCUUGUAAAAAGGAUUCACCUUAUCAAGAGUGUGUUAGGUGGGUAUAACUUGUUAUUAGUAUUAAUAUAUCUUGCUUUUAGUCCAUAUUCUGACUUA